UCAAAUGUACCUACAUCGCCAUAACCUCAAUUCUUCAUUUUAAUAGUGAAUAAAAAGUUGUAAUUUUUUUAUGCUUUUAGUUGAAAAGGUUCAUUAUUCACUAAAUAAGCAAAAAUGUCUGCGGCAAUGAUUACAGCCGACUGGUUCCUACUAGGAAGGGAUUUAUAUUUUCGAAAAUUUGAAGUGUACGCCAUGGGUUGGCACCAGGAUAUAAAUAUGGAUCAAGUUAUAGCUGAAGCAGCUUCAUAUGGUGGCCCCAUUGCUGUUAGACGUGACGAAACAAAGAUUAUAAAAGUGAGAGGAACGGGACAUCAAGUUAUCGAAAUUUUUUCAGGCUCUGGGAAAAAAAUUUCCUCUAUUAAGUGGACUAGAAAACCUAUAGUAAAAAUGGGUUGGUCUCUUGAUGAAAAGUUUGUAUGUGUACAAGAUGAUAGUCAAGUUAUAAUACACGAUUUAUUUGGCAAUUUUAUGCACGCUUUUACAUUGUCCCAAGAAACACAGGAUGCCAAGAUAAUUGAUGCAAAGAUUUUUAUUAGUCCCCAAAAUGUUACCGGUAUUGCAGUUAUGACCGCAAAUUACAAGUUGUUUGUUUUUAAUAACAUUCUUGAGCCUAAAAAACGACAACUCUCGGAACUACCAAGAUCAAACAUUCGUCCCACUGCAUGGGCGGUUAUCUCAGAAGAAUGUGGAACCGAAGUGUUAAUUGCUCGAGAAAAGGAGCUGUUUAGACUUAAGCAAGAUGAAUAUCACACCACUACUAUGCUUCAACCAGAUAUCGCUCAUGUGUAUACAUCAAUAAUUGAAAUGGCCGUUUCCAUAAAUGCCAGACAUGUGGCUUUAUUUACAGAUGCCGGAUAUAUAUGGCUGGGAUCAUCAAAUCUUAGGUCAAAGUAUUGUGAAAUAGACACAAACUCUGUACGAAGACCGAAACAAUUAGUUUGGUGUGGAACAGAAGCUGUAGUUGCAUUUUGGGAAAAAGAACCUAAGGAGACAACUCUUAUAGUUUUAGGACGUCACGGAGAAAUGGUUACCUAUCCGUAUGAUGGGUCAAUUGCUUUAAUACCUGAAAUUGAUGGUGUACGAGUUUUGUCUGCAUUUCAACAUGAGCUAAUUCAGAAGGUUCCUGAUGUGGUGCAAAAAAUUUUCAGAAUUAACAGUACAGAACCGGGAAGCUUUCUGUUAGAAGCUUCUAAACAGUUUCAGAAAAGAAGCCAUCGUGCGGACGAAUAUAUAUGUUUGGUAAAGAACGCAUUAACUAAAGCUGUAGCACAGUGCAUCGAAGCGGCCGGUUACGAAUUCGAUACUGACGUUCAAAAAAUGCUCAUACGGGCAGCACAAUUUGGGAAAUGUUUUGUCGAAAGCAUCGAUUCUGAGGAUUAUGUUAGAAUGUGUAGACUAUUGAGAGUUUUAAAUUCUGUUCGAGAUAGGAGGAUUGGUAUUCCGAUCACGUUUACAGAAUUGUUUUAUUCUGGUCAUAAAUUCUUAUUAGACAGACUGGUUACACGUCGUCAAUAUUAUCUAGCUAUAUGCAUUGCUAAGUAUUUAAAAAUGCCGGACAAGGAUGGUAGUAGUCGUAUUUUGGUUCAUUGGGCUAAGUAUAAGGUCAGCCAACCACAACUAGAUGAGGAAUCUGUAGCACGAGAAAUAGCAAAUAAGUUUGGUUAUGCAAGUGGUAUAUCGUACAGUGAUAUUGCGACUACGGCCGCCAAUUGUGGUCGAAAACAGUUGGCAAUUAAGUUAUUAGAUCAUGAGUCGAAAGCAAGUGAGCAAGUGCAAUUACUUCUGAAAUUAGACGAAAAUAAGCCAGCACUUCUUAAAGCUAUCGAGAGUGGAGACACUGAUUUAGUGUAUAUGGUGAUUUUAAGACUUCGUGAUAAUAUGCCAUUGGCCGAUUUUAAGAUGACAAUUCGAAACUUUCCGGUUGCUUUAUCUCUAUACAUCAAAUAUUGCCGCCAACAUAAUCCGCAAGCUUUAAAUGAAAUAUUCAUUCAAGAAGAUGAUUUUAAUUCACAAGCGCAAGGUUUUAUUUUGGAAAGCUUAGAUGAAAAGAAAACUCACACUCAAGACGCUUCGCUCACAUCAGCAGUUGAAGCUUACAAAAAAGCUAGAAAUGACGUGAGCUUUUCCAUAUGCGAGGAAGCGCUUAGGUUGUUGAAAUAUCAAAGAUCAUUAAAAGAUAAAAUCAAUGAGGAUCUUGUUGGUAAAUCUGUUCACGAUACCUGUACAAGGCUCUUAGAAUUAAAAGAUAUCAAGGAAGCAGAGAGAAUGAGAAGCAACUUUAAAAUACCAGAUCGAAGAUAUUGGUGGCUAAGAAUUAAGUGCCUCGCCGAUGCACAUGACUGGAUAGAGUUAGAAAAGUUUUCAAAAAGUAAAAAAUCACCUAUUGGAUAUGCGCAUUUUGUAGAUGUGUGCUUGGAGAAGAAUAACAUUUCUGAGGCUGUUAAAUAUCUUCCCAGAGUUAGUGAAGAUAUUAUUGUAAAAUACUAUGUAAAAGCAAAUAAACUCGAAGAAGCUGCCCAAAUAGCCUAUGAACAAAGAGACAUUCAAGGUUUAUUGUAUGUCCAAAGUAAAUCUGCGGCUCAAUCAAGUUUGUCAGAGAAAAUUAAUGCGCAAAUUUCAUUAUUGGGUGCGCGAAAGUAAGCGUAGUUGGCUAGGUAUCUUCUGUGAUGUAAAAAUAUGUGUUAUAGUCAAUUACUUUACUCAUACAUACAAUAUUUACUAAGCAUAUAAUGUAUAGGUAUAUCUUAUGUAUACAAAAUAACUUGAAAAUGUAACCUUUUUUAAAA